CUCCCAACCCUCAAGUCCCCACCAACCCAACCCUGGUGGCACCGGCCGCACACACGAAAGCAAGCUAGCUAGUCACUAUUAGAGCUAUUUGGUUGGGAGCGGUUUAGCUGAGCAAGAUCGAACUGGCAUUGUCACACACAUCUCAGCACUCAGCUCCUUGGGUUCCCCUCCAUGAGCAGCAGCUGAGCAGCCACACAUUGCCGUCUUCCUUGCUGCACUUGUAGUUACAGCUAGAUCCAUUGAUUUUUUUGGCAACAACAAGAGCAGGAGCUACUGAGCAAGAAGUGCGUACGUGCUUGCGGCGUCGGUGCUACCUGCUGGACUACGUGUGCUACAAGGCGACGGACGACCGGAAGCUGCCGACGGACCUGUGCGGCGAGAUCAUCCAGCGGAACAAGCUGCUGGGGCUGGAGGAGUACAAGUUCCUGCUGAAGGUGAUCGUGAACUCGGGCAUCGGCGAGGAGACGUACGGCCCGCGCAACAUGAUCGAGGGCGGGGAGGCCCGGCCGGACCGCCUCCGCGAGGGCAUGGAGGAGAUGGACGAGACCUUCCACGCCGUCCUCGACGAGCUCUUCGCCCGGUCGGCGGCGCCCGGCGGCGUCGGCAUCCGCCCCGCCGACGUCGACGUGCUCGUCGUCAACGUGUCCAUGUUCUCGCCGGCGCCGUCCCUGUCGGCGCGCGUCGUGCGGCGCUACGGCCUCCGCGAGGACGCCAAGGUGUACAACCUCACGGGCAUGGGCUGCAGCGCCACGCUCAUCGCGCUCGACCUCGUCAACGGCUACUUCAGGACGCACGCCGGGCAGGUGGCUCUGGUGAUGACGUCGGAGUCGAUCGCGCCCAACUGGUACGCGGGCAACAAGCGCACCUUCAUGCUGGGCAACUGCCUGUUCCGCUCCGGCGGCUGCGCCUACUUCCUGACCAACGACCCGCGGCUCCGGCCGCACGCCAAGCUCCGUCUCCGCCACGUGGUGCGCACCCACACGGGCGCCUCCGACGAGGCCUACAACUGCGCGCUCCAGAUGGAGGACGAGGCCGGCCGCCCGGGGUUCCACCUGGGCAAGGAGCUGCCGCGCGCCGCGGUGCACGCCUUCGUGCACAACCUCCGCGUGCUGGCGCCCCGCGUGCUGCCGCUCCCGGAGCUGCUCCGCCUCGCCUGCGCCACCCUCUCGGCGCGCCUGGCGCGCAAGAAGCGGCAGCGCGGCGCGGGCCAUGGCCACGGCCACCUCACCAUCCGCAUGAAGGCCGGCGUCGACCACUUCUGCGUGCACACGGGCGGCGCCGCCGUCAUCGACGGCGUCGGCAAGGGACUCACGCUCACGGAGCACGACCUGGAGCCCUCCCGCAUGACGCUGCACCGCUUCGGCAACACCUCCGCCAGCAGCGUCUGGUACGUGCUCGCCUACAUGGAGGCCAAGGGCCGCCUGCGCCAGGGCGACCGCGUCCUCAUGCUCACCUUCGGCGCCGGAUUCAAGUGCAACAGCUGCGUCUGGACCGUCGAGAGGCCCGCCACCGACGCCGGCGUCUGGAAGGACCGCAUCCACCACUACCCGCUCAAGGACGUCUCCAACCCAUUCAUGGACAAGUACGGAUUCGUCAAGGACCUCAUAGACUUGUGAUCGCCCCCUAGCUGCUCAACUCAACGUCUCAACCCCACCAACGCACAUACUUUUUAUUUACACCAUUAUUAUUGUAUUCAUUGUCAUGUUAGUACUACUCUGUUCUAGUAUUGAGCAACUACUAGUUAAUUAAGGUGAGCACAACAAUGCUAGCUGAGGAUUCAUAGUAGCUUAUGAUUCUUUUGGUGAUGGCGGGAAGAUCGACUUUUACGUAGCAACGGAUAUGGCUUCGCUCUUUGUUCUUUCUUCAGUUCUGUCAUUUCGUGUGUGUCAAUUUAGAUGCCCCAUGUCGUCAGUCAAUCAGUCAGUGUCGUCCUGUUCCUAUUUACUAUAUCAAAUGAUUAUGGUGCAAUCAUUUUUUAAACUAAGUUAUUUAUUAUUUAUUGUGUAAUGGUAAAUGUUGCUGUAAUAAAGAGCAUACUCUCACUCC